GCUCAGCCCUUGUUAUGGACAGAGCCGCCUCACAGGAAGAGGGAAGAGGCAGCUGGGUGGUUCUGUGUGGGCGAGGAGCAAAGGAACAAAAUACAAGUAGUUGCCAAGCACCACUUUCAAGCAAGCUCCCUCAUAUCUGAGCUCAGCGUUCUGGCUGAAAAGGGCAUUUCUCGUUUUCCCUUUCCAGGAGACACAGCUAAAAUGAACCUAGGCUCCUUGUUCCAGUAUAUCUUCCUGACGGAGCAAAAAGUAGAGGGCAUGCAGCGUCUCAUGCAUCAAGUUAAACAGGAAAUAACCCUAGCUAAUGAAAGAGCUAAACAACUAACAGAACAACUGGAUGGAGAAAAAAGAAAGUUGGAAUCAGAGGCUCAAUUGCUGUCUGGAAAGCUAUUAGACUUGGAGCUUUUGAAGAAAAGAGAAGAGGGCUUAGAAAGCCAGAAAGCUGAACUUCUUAAUCAGAAGAGUAUUCUGCUUGAAACAUUUAUGGGUACAAAGAAAAAAAUUGCCAUAGAAGAUGAGAGAUUUUUGAAGGAAAUUACAGAGUUCAACAGUGAAUAUGGGUUAACAUCCAAAAGGGAGCUUUUAAUUAAAAAAAGAGUCAAGGCUGAAAUAUGUGAAUUAGAGGGAAAAGAAAAUGUUUUGAGAAAUGAAAUAGAGUCAAUGAAACAUGAAAAUGCUCAGUUAAAAAUGUUUCAGCUGCAGAAGAAUGAACUGAAGAAGGAUUUGUGUACUUUUCAGAGAAAACUCAAAGAUCUUGAAGAAGAAAUAAGAGAAGCUAAAAACACCACAAAGUGUUUGGAAACAGAAAAAAAUAAAAUUUCUGAAAAACCGCAGACCGAUCCAGAAUGUGCAAGGCUUAAAAAGAAAUUGGAGAGUUACAGAGAAGAUGAAAUGGAAAAUGCCUGUGAGGCUCUUCAAACGGAAAUUGAAUUUCUGCAGAUGAAACUGUUAUACAAAAAAAAUCUCCAGUCAAAUAAAUAACAUAUGGUGGAUUGAUUCAAAUGUCAGAGAAACAAGUCUUUGUAGCAUUUGAGUAAAUGCUGCUUUUGUAAGCCUUUGUUGUUAAAUUUAUCAUCCUCUGCAUUUCCUGCUAGUAAAACAUGGAACCUG